GACGUGGCGCCCCCUCGCUGCGGCACUUGCUCGCUUCCGCUUCCACCAAAAGCGCCACGCCGCCACCAGAUCCUGGAGGCUUGAAUCCCUCCCUCCCCUCCCCUCCCCUCGCGCCACCUGCACGCGAUUCCCCACCUUCCUUCCCCACGUUGCUCUUAGCAAGAUCGUGAGUACAGGUGCGGCGGCGAUGAGGUCGGCCGUGGCCCGCUUGAUCCGCUCCUCCUCCGCCUCCGCCUCGACCUCCCGUCUCAGCUCAUCGCCAGUCUUGCUGAAAACUGGCAAUGUAUUCUUCAGCAGUGCCACGCCCAGCGAUCCGAAGCACGUCGAGGAGCCUUUUAAGGUGGAGGAGGCAGAAACUGUGAAGGUGACACCACCUUCUCCAGACAAGCUGCUAGUGCUAGGAGGAAGUGGUUUUGUUGGAUCACACGUUUGCAAAGAGGCUUUGGACAGAGGAUUUGUUGUCUCUAGUCUUAAUCGAUCUGGAAAGCCAUCCUUAAGUGAAUCUUGGGCUGACAAAGUUAUAUGGAAUCAAGGCAACCUCCUGGAACCGGCUUCAUUUAAGGAUGCUAUGGAUAAUGUUUCUGCAGUGAUAUCCUGUGUUGGAGGUUUUGGGUCAAAUUCUUUCAUGUACAAGAUUAAUGGGACUGCAAACAUCAAUGCCAUUAAGGCUGCAGCUGAGAAAGGUGUAAAGAGAUUUGUAUAUGUGUCGGCUGCAGACUUCGGUUUAGUGAAUUACUUAUUGCAGGGUUAUUAUGAGGGCAAGAGAGCUGCUGAAGCUGAAUUGCUGUCAAAGUUCACCUAUGGAGGAGUGAUACUGAGGCCUGGUUUUAUUCAUGGAACUCGUCGAGUGGGCAGUGUAAAGAUACCUCUUGGUCUUGUUGGUGCCCCUAUGCAAAUGGUGCUCCAGAACGCAAAGCCGCUGGCCAGAUUACCACUUGUCGGCCCACUGUUGACACCCCCAGUGAGUGUUACCUCCGUGGCGAAGGUUGCGGUGAGAGCAGCGACAGAUCCAGUGUUUCCCCCUGGCAUCGUUGAUGUCCAUGGGAUCAUGCGAUACAGCGAGCAAAAGUAAACAGUCAUGUACAGGACGGUAUACACAUGUGCCUGUACCUACCAGAUCUACCUGCUGUUCGUAUUUGCUAGAAAUGAAUAAUUAGAAAAGCCAACAUGUGACCUUUUUACAGCCAUGUCUUGGUUGGUUCUACACGUCGGUGGUAUCCUUGUUGAACUGAUUGUCUCAAGACGAAAAGCUUUGGCAUCGUAUCUUGACUGCACUGUGUACAAAAACGACGUUUGUUUGACUGCCUGAUCACAUGGUGCUCCUAAAUGGAUCAUGCAUAUGUGCUCCGAAGGGAGGAAUGAAGACAAUUAAAAUUGCCUCUCA